AUGGCUUCUUCUUCCAACUUCUUUUUUGUUGCUCUCUUCCUCGCCGUCUCAUUCUGUAGCGUGGAAAACGGAAUGGCGGCUCGACAGCUCCUCCAACUACCACAACCCACAGAAGUGCCUCUGAUGCCCUCCAUCCCAUCUCUGCCAACCGGAGGAGGAUUGUCGCCACUCCCUAACACCGUUACUGAGCUCCAUAGCACCGGCGCCACUCCAACGAUGCCCACAAUUCCUUCCAUCCCAAAGUCUCUACCACCAUUUCCCACCGGCUUUCCAACCAUUCCAAACAUCCCCGCCCUCAAUGUAGUUAAAAUUGGGUUUUUGAUCAUAAAAUCGUAG